AUGGAACGACUUAAAGUUAUCACACCAGUGGAUGAACCAAGUGAUUGGGUGUCGUCGCUCGUGGUGGUGAUGAAGAAAAACAAUCAGCUUCGAGUAUGUCUCGAUCCAAGAGAUCUAAAUAGGUCCAUAAAAAGAGAGCACUACCAGCUACCAUCAAGAGAGGAAAUAACAGCACAGUUUGCAGGAGCUAAGUACUUCAGCAAAUUAGAUGCGUCCUCAGGUUUCUGGCAGAUAGAGUUAGAUGAGGGAAGCUCAAGGCUAUGUACUUUCAUAACGCCAUUUGGGAGAUACAGAUUUCUCAGAUUACCAUUUGGGGUCUGCAGUGCGCCAGAAGUGUUCCACAAGGUUGUGCAUAAUUUGUUCGCACACAUACCUGGUGUCAACACAAUGAUGGAUGACAUAGUAGUAUGGGGGUCAACCCAACAGGAACAUGACACCAGACUGAAACAGGUCCUUGACAUAGCUCAGAAAGCAAAUCUGAAACUCAACAGAGACAAAUGUGAGUUCAAUGUGAGCCAAAUGACAUUCAUUGGCGAUGUGAUCAGUGAACAAGGUGUUCAACCAGAUCCAAAGAAGGUUGCAGCCAUAUUGAACAUGGAAAGACCACAGAACAAGCAAGAUGUUCAAAGGUUCUUAGGUAUGGUUAACUACCAAGGAAAGUUCAUACCAGAUUUAUCCACAAAGUCAGCCCCGCUGAGAAGUCUUCUUGAGAAAAGAAAUGAGUGGAUGUGGCAAGAUGCACAAGAAAAAGCUUGGUGUCAACUCAAGGAAGCUCUGACACAAGAACCAGUGCUCCAUUUCUAUGACAGCACAAAGCCGACGAAGCUAUCAGCUGAUGCAUCCAAGAAUGGACUAGGUGCAGUGCUACUGCAACAACAUGACCAGAAUUGGUUCCCCAUUGCUUAUGCAUCGAGAGCAAUGACUGAUGCAGAAACUCGCUACGCGCAGAUAGAAAAAGAACUGCUAGCGAUGACGUCUGCAUGUGAAAGAUUUCACCAAUACAUACAUGUACAUGGACGACAGGUAGAAGUCGAAACAGAUCAUAAACCUCUUGUACCAUUGUUCAAAAAAUCACUCUGUGAUUGUCCUCUUCGCAUUCAACGCCUACUAAUCCGAGUGCAGAGAUACGAUUUGAAAGUAUCCUACACACCAGGAAAAUACAUGUACACCGCAGAUGCAUUGUCUAGAGCGGUAGAUCCACAGGCAGACAUGCAGGUCGAAAGAGAAGAAGACAUCAGAAUCUAUGUAGACACAAUAUUGGAGACAUUACCAGUCACAUCAAACAGAAAAAGUCAGUUUGUAGAUGAAACACAGAAAGACAAAACACUACAAGAAUUGAUAGGCAUCAUCAAAGAUGGAUGGCCUGAAACAAAACAACAAUGUCCAGUAGCAAUUAGAGCAUACUGGAACAUUAGAAAUGAGCUGUCAGAAGCCGAAGGCUUAAUCAUGAAAGGCAGCAGGAUCGUUGUACCAAGCACAAUGAAAAAACAGAUGUUGGAUAAGAUCCAUGAAGGACAUUUGGGCAUAGAAAAAUGCAAGAGACGUGCAAGAGAAGUCUUGUAUUGGCCCAGAAUAAAUCAAGACAUAACAGAAAUGGUACAAAAUUGUAACUCAUGCUUGAUGUAUAAACCAAAACAACAGACAGAAAGUCUGAAACCACACACGGUACCAAACAGACCGUGGGAAAAGAUCGCUGCAGACUUGUUCACACUGAAUAACAAAGAUUACAUGGUAAUAGUAGAUUACUAUUCACAAUUCAUUGAAGUCUGUCCACUGUCAACAACAACAAGUAAAACAGUGAUAACAAAAAUGAAAGAAGUCUUUUCAAGACAAGGCACACCAAGUGAACUCGUGACGGAUAAUGGUCCGCAAUUAGCUAGUAAAGAGUUCAAAAACUUUGCACAAGAUUGGGACUUCUGCCACACAACGACAAGUCCGUAUCAUCCUCAGUCGAACGGACUAGCAGAGAAUGCAGUGAAAAUUGUGAAGAAUCUCAUCCGCAAAUGCCAAGACAGUAGACAAGAUGUCUACAGGGCACUACAAGUCUACAGAAGCUCACCACUAGAAUGUGGAAAAUCGCCAGCUGAACUCCUGUACAACAGGCGAUUGAGAUCAAACCUGCCCAUGGUGGACAAAUUUCUUGAUCCACAACACAUCAAUCCUCAACAGGUGAGGGAAAGGAAGGAAGGGCAGAAGGUAAAGCAGAAAGAGCGAUAUGAUAAACAUGCUCGAGACCUACCAGAACUAAACAUAGGUCAGACUGUAAGACUUCAAAACAUGCACAACAAUCGAUGGUCACAAAGUGGCAUCGUCAAAGUCAAACUGCCAAACAGAUCAUAUUUGGUAGAGACAGAGUAUGGAGAGAUUAGACGAAGAAACCGACGUCAUCUCAGACCGGCACCCACACGAAGGGAUGAUCGGUUCCAACAGACAACACAGACGGACAGCGAUCCAGAUGACAACGAGGAUGUUAGCGAACCAACCCCUGAGCGUUCCGGGGUACCAGCCCAGCAAGCAUCAUCCUACAUGACCACCAGAAGUGGACGAAUAAGCAAACCGCCAAAUCGAAUGGACUUGUGA